UUCUACUAUGACAUCUUGCAAUUCAAAAUUUCAAAAAUUUACAAUUUUAUUUCGUCAUUUUUGGUUGCAAAAAAUUCCAAGUAAGGCAUUGACCAAUAAAUAAAAAUGUCGGCCUAUUCCCUAACCGAAGAACAGAAGCGUCAGUUCCGACGAAUGUUUGAAACGUUUGACAAGGAUGGGAACGGUUCGAUAACUACGUCGGAAUUGGGUAUGGUGGUACGUGCACUCGGUAUGAAUCCAUCGCAGGCGGAAGUAGAGCAAAUGAUUCAUGAGGUUGAUUUGGACGGGAGCGGAACGAUCGAGUUGGAUGAAUUUCUGCAGCUGAUGGCCCGCAAACUGCGGGAGGAUACAACAGACGAGGAACUGCGUGACGCAUUUAAGAUCUUCGACAGGGAUGGCGAUGGGUUUUUGUCCGUUGAUGAGUUGUCAGCCGUCAUGAAAAACUUCGGAGAACGUUUGUCCGAUGAUGAGCUGGCAGAUCUACUGGAGGAGGCAGACAUCGACAAGGACGGAAAAAUAAACUAUGAAGAGUUUAUUAUAAUGCUGACAAAAUAGUCGUAGUUUCGGAUGAGAAUAAUUGUAUUCAAGGGAUAAAAAUUAAGAGUUAUU